ACAAUAAUGGCCAUUGGACCUGUGUGCACACAAUUAAGGGGCAGAAAUCCAAUGCAUUGGUGGCCUAAUUGAAUACGUGAUUGACUUUGUGUUAACUUUGAUGGUUGUUGCGAACUGUAGAGCGACUGAAAACAUGGAAACCGGAAGCGAACGAAAAGUUAUAAUGAUUGAAAAGGCGCUUGCUGAUAAGCUUUUAAGGUUGCAAGCGGAACGAAAGGCAAAGCUGAACAAAGCCGCCAAUAUACGAAACUUAAUGAAAGAUCUCAUCGUAAAGAGUGAUAAAACAAUGGUUUGUGAUGCUUUGAAUGAAUUAAGGGUGGUGUGUGAUGAUGCAAAAUGUAUCCAUAAACAGCUGUUGGGUUUAAUGCCAAGUGAUGAACAAGAAAAACAUGAAAUAUGGUUUAAAGCGAAAUUUCUGUCUUUAAAUGAAUGUUUCCAUGAUGCAGAAAUGUGGUUUUCAAACUUGGAAGGUAACAUACAAGAAAAUGUUGGUGUUACAAACAAUGAGGGUAAUGCAAAUAAAAAUGAGGUUGGUAUCAAUCAAAAUGUCACAAGCAAUGAAAACAAUGCACAUGCAACUGGGCUGGUGGUGGAUGACAUUGGCCCAGAUGAUAGCAUUUCUAAUGUGGAAAGCAAACGUUCAAGUAAAGGAAGUAGAGCCAGUGGAGGAUCAAGCACUGCUUCAGCACGCAUAAAAGCUGAAGCAGAAAGAGCUGCUCUUAUUGCCCGUGCUUCAGCUCUUAAGGAAAGACACGCAUUGGAGGAGCAGGAGCAACAAUUGAGGAGGAAACGAGAACAACUUGACUUGGAAGUGGAAAUGGCUGCAACAAAUGCUAAGUUGGCAGUAUUGCAAUCCUCUAGUGUGGGAAGUGCUGGUUCAGGAUCCAAAAAUGCAAUGGGCUCUUACCUGGAAAAUAAAAAAGGGAAAAACGGGUCUGUGGUUGUGUUAAAUUCUUUGGCAAAUGAAUAUCAGCCUGGAUUGUGGAAGUCGAUGCAACAACAGUGUUCAGUAAAUCCAAAUAAACCACUGGAUGUGCGAUCAAAGGAACGUGGUCAAGUUUUAAAACGGAUUCUGAACAUCACUACAAUAUGCAUGACCGCCAGAAAAGCAUGGGAAAUUCACACCGACUUAAAGGUCAAAUGACAACUUCUCAAUUAAACAAGGAAAUCCGUCAACCCCAAAUCACUCAUCAACUCACUCAUCCUUGCAUAAAUCAAAUUGCAUCUGAGGACAUACUUACCGUCAUGCACAGACAAAAUGAAAUAACAGCUGCUUUGGUGCAACAGCAAACUGCAAGAUCUCUGCCGCCGAGAGACAUUCCUAUAUUCGAAGGGAACCCUUUGCAAUACAGAGCAUUCAUAAAAGCAUUCAAGCAAGGAGUGGAGAAUAAAGCAGAAGCAGCAGAUUGUCUUUUCUAUCUGGAGCAAUUUACCAGAGGACAGCCACAACAACUGGUACGUAGCUGCCAGCACUUGGCUCCUGAUCGCGGCUAUGCAGUGGCUAAGGACCUGCUGCAGGAGCAUUUUGGAAAUCAAUAUAAAAUUGCUAAUGCUUAUAUGGAAAAGGUUCUAGCCUGGCAGUCCAUAAAGGGUGAAGAUGUUAAAGCACUCCAAGCAUAUUCUUUGUUUUUGCGUGGCUGUUGUAAUGUAAUGGAGGAAUUGGAGUAUAUGCAAAAGUUGGAUAUGCCUGCAAAUAUGAGAGCCAUUCUUGCAAAGCUGCCAUACAAGUUGAGGGAGCAAUGGAGAUCCAUUGCUUAUGGAAUCAUGGAACAGACACAGCAGAGAGCUCGCUUUACUGACUUGGUUGUAUUUGUGGAGCGUCAUGUUAAAAUUCUUUCUGAUCCUCUGUUCGGUGACAUCCAAGAUCACCCGGUUUAAGUCUUAUCAGGGUGAAAGGAAAUAUUGUUGCCACCACUGUAACAUCUACGACCUCAUCAGAAAGGGGGGAGGAGCCACCAGCAGGGCUUGGAAAGUCAGUUAAAGCAGGAUGCCUUUGCUGUUCAUACAGUCACACAUUGGAGGAGUGUAAACCGUUUAAUGAGAAAAGACACAAGGAGAAAAUUCAACUUCUGAAGGAAAAGGGAGUUUGCUUUGCAUGCUUAUGUGAUGGUCACAUGAGUCAGGAAUGCGAGAGGCGCUUGACAUGCAAAGUCUGUGGUCAAACUCAUCCCACUGUGCUGCACAUCAGUAGUCAACCACCUGCUCCAGAGCAAAAGAAACAACCAGCUUCACAACAGCUAAAGGGCCCACUCGGUAAACAAUCAGCUUCUUUCCAAACAUGUGGGCAUACAGGGGCCGGUAAGGAUGGCUGUGUUCUCCCAAUUCUUCCUGUAAGAGUGAAGUCUGUGAAAGGAUGUGACAUUAUACAAACAUAUGCAUUUCUGGACCCUGGUAGCUCGGCCACGUUCUGCUCCGAAGAUCUAAUGCAGAGGCUGAAUAUUACAGGCAGAAGAACCAGUGUUUUGUUGAACACAAUGGGCCAGGAGACUGUUGUUCCAUCUUAUUCCAUCACUGGUUUGGAGGUGGCUGGAUUAGAGGGCAAUGACUUUUAUAGUCUCCCAGAGGUCUUGAGCCAACGGAAAAUGCCAGUCACCACUAAUAAUAUAGUAACAACUGAGGAACUGGAUAAAUGGUCUUACUUGUCGGACGUUCACAUCCCACACAUAAAGGCAAAUGUUGAUUUGUUGAUAGGAACCAACGCUCCCAAAUUGCUGGAACCAUGGGAGGUCAUCAACAGCCACGGGAAUGGCCCGUACGCUAUUAAAACUGUGUUGGGAUGGGUAGUUAAUGGUCCACUGAGUGGAAGCAGUGGUGCCUAUACUGACCUCACACUCAUAAAUGGCCCUUUUGUUGUGUUUUUCAGAGCUUAAUGAAUGAGUGAGAUGAAUGUUUAAUUGUUAAGGCCGCAUGUCAGAAGUUCAAGUACAUAAACCGUUUUAUGGUAAAUGUUUUAAUCCACACUAAGGUGUACUGUACUGUGCACUUAAUAAGUUCUUUGGUGCCAAAUGCUGUGGUCAGGAGUCCCUGUAUUUUAUUUUAAUGUCACAUGUUUUAAGAGUAUAAUGUAUAAUGUAAUAUGUUUUUUUGUUUUCUUUGCUUCACAACUCUUGCUUGGUGGGCAGUUAAAUUGAGAACAACAUGGCACCUUCACAUCAACAGAUGGAACAGCAGAUCCCACUCAUGGCUCUUGGAAAUGGAUCAUCCUUUCAUGCGGUCUGGUACUUCUGUUCUUCAUUCCUCUCACUGUUUGGUUAGUUCGUCACUACAGGUACCAGAUGUUUUGCACUCGUAGUUGCUGGCCAGUUUCCAAAGAAGCCCUGCCGGCCAUGGAGCUUCCUGCAACCAAGCAGGAUGCAACGGAAGUGCAGUGGGAUUUAUCCUGGAUGGAAAUGUCAAAUCUGCUGGAUAAGCAGUUAUAUCCUGGCACUUAAAGGGUAACUCUUACAUGCAGUAUACAGGAACCACUAAGUGGAGUGCCAUAUGAGAUGCUUCAGAGUGCUGCUAUUGAUGUAUGAACAAUUUGUAGCAAAUGAAGAUCACAGAAAGGCCCCAGUGUGUGCCACAAGGGUCUGUUACUGGUAAAUUUAUCUAAACUACCUGCCUAUGAUUUGUAUUUGUAUUUUCUCUGUUCACUGAUGAUACAAGACUUUUGUACACUAAUACAAAAUGCUAAUACAGAGAUGAUGUAAACUUUGAAAUGGUUAGCUGAGCAAACUUACUAAUAAUAUUAAAAAGACAAGCUUCGUAAUUUACAAAAAAAUACUCCAAAGACUGAACAAAUAUUACAUAUUUAUAAAUAGUCUCUUUCAUGAGUUAUAAUAUUAUAUACUGUAUAUUAACUGUUGUUAAUUGUUAGGGGUGCUACUAACUCCUUAACAAGAUACUUUAAAUUCAGAAAAAUCAUAUCACUGACAUAAUUUCAAGUAACUAUGACUGUCAAGUGUUUAGGAAAUAUAAUAAAUAAGCAUAUGUUUUUAUGUAUUGGUUCUACCUAAUAUCCAUCCUGCUAUUUUCCAAAAUGUUUUAAAUGUUUCAAAUCAGACCUUACCUCAGUUUGUCAAAGAAUUCAAAUGCGCUUAAAUAUAGAUGUCACACUCUCUUGAGUCUUCAAGACUGAGCUGAAAAAAAAUCGAAUUGAUGCCAAGUAGUGUAUUAUUUGUACAGCGUAUUAUUUAUUUGUUAUUGCUAUUUUAGGCUCUGGAUUUAAAUGAUGCCAUUUCUUAUAGAGACCCAUAACCAUUAUCUGUCAGGAUAGAUGACAUGGGGAACUACAUGACUCACCAUUAAAAAAAAUAUAUAUUUUGGUAAUUUACAUGAAGUACAUCACUAUAAAAAUAAAUAUACACGCAUAUCAUAGGCAUUAUAUCUUUGUUAUUAUUUGAGUCAACUGAAAGCACCACCAAGCAUUUUAUUUACAGCUUUCCUAGCUUUUACUGUCUUGGGCUCUGACAAUUUCAUUCAAUCAUUUGUCUCACUUUUUUUUGUAAGCAUCAGAUUUGAAAUAAAAUCAAAUGUACUCA